UAUGGAGUCUUGAAUUUCCAUAUCCUUUGAAUGAUGUGGCCUGGAGAGCAUAUGAAGACACUCACUUCCACCGAAAGCAUCAAGCAUUGUGUAUUUGGUACAAUCAAUGUGGGCUCAAUGGCAGUUGAUCAGCCAUUGGGUCAUUGUACCUGCAAGAAUCACUCUGGUGGUGGUGUAAACGUAAAGAUACCCAGAAUGAGCAAUAGAGAUGAACAUUUACACUUGAGUCAAGGGAGGUUGAUCUGACUAUAGGUUUCGAUGGUAGACGGGAUAAUUCAUCAUUGCUAAGAAACUUAUUACUGUCAUAACAGAGAAACCCAAGACAUGUGAGGCCACUUGCUUGGAGGAUUUUUCUCUAGACCUUCCUAAAUAUAGUUUUUUACUCGCUGGAGAGCUGCUGGUUUCCAAUCCAACAAAUGGAUAUAUAGGUAUUUGUAGCUCAAUCGGGUCGGGAGACAAGAUAAUCCAUUGAAGCUAAGACACUCAACAGAUGUAACACCCAGGCCUUCAGGAGUCAAUACUUAACUUGGUGGUUUUCUUUGUGUCAGUGGCGGUUUUCCUUCA